AUGAAGAGUGCACAACAAUUAACUGAAGAAUCAUCGUUGCCACCAUCAUCAUUAUCAUCAUCAUCAUCGCAACUGGCACUGUCGUCCAUGUGGUCAGAAGACGCUUGUGUAGUGGUACUUUCGCACGCCUUGUCUAUAGCGGCGCCAGCACCGGUCCGUUCCCAUGUAACAAGCCUGAUCAAUGCGGCUUACAACUGUACAGACCGAUGUGGUACCGAAUGCGAGAAUGGUGGUUCAGUCAAUGCCAAUUGCAAAUGCGUCUGUGGAUAUGGUUUCGAGGAAGCUGAGUGCGAUAACUUUUGCAGCACCUAUCCAGAAACUCGGACCGGUGCCAUAUUUUGCCAGUGGCUAAUUCGUGCACCUGCUGGACAAACAAUCGAAUUUUACCUUAAAGAUCUGGAUUUGGACGCCGACAACGUACCACCCGAUCAGCCGUGCAAUGACAUCUUUUACAUCUGGGGCACCAAAUCAAUCGUCAAUCCGUAA